GGCGCGGUGCCGCGCGGGGAGCCAUGGCGGACGUGCAGCAGCUUCGGGUGCAGGAGGCGGUGGACUCCAUGGUGAAGAGCCUAGAAAGAGAGAAUAUCCGGAAGAUGCAGGGCCUCAUGUUCCGGUGCAGUGCUGGCUGUUGUGAGGACAGCCAGGCGUCCAUGCAGCAGGUGCACCAGUGCAUUGAGCGCUGCCACGCACCCCUGGCUCAAGCCCAGGCCCUGGUUACCAGCGAGUUGGAAAAGUUCCAGGACCGCCUGGCCCGGUGCACCAUGCAUUGCAAUGACAAAGCCAAAGAUUCAAUAGAUGCAGGAAGUAAAGAGCUUCAAGUGAAGCGGCAGCUGGAGAGUUGUGUGACCAAGUGUGUGGAUGACCAUAUGAACCUCAUUCCAACCAUGACCAAGAAGAUGAAGGAGUCUCUCUCAGGCAUUCAGAAAUAGAAGUCUUUGCCAUUGGCCAUUGAGGCUGAGGGCAGGAAUCUAUUUAAAAUGAAGAGUGAGAAUUUUGGUCUUUUAAGCAAAGUUUAUGGAUGAAGAAAUUAAGGAUGGCAGCAAGUUUAAGGCAUGUGUCACUUGCCCCUGGACAUUGGUUCUUUUAUGUUUUAAUCCUAGAAAGUGAAAUGGAAAAAACUGGUGCUAAAAUUUGGGUCAGAGAGUUUUGAGAGCCUAAAUUUUAUGUGAAAAAUGCUUAUCCUGGUAGCAGGCAUUUCCCUCAAACAAAGCCAGAGCCCUCUUGAGAUACCAACAGGCUGACAGGUUCCUCUAUAACCUGCCAGUGAUCUGGCAGAAUGUGAGGAGAGGUGUUUCUGUUUGUUGCCAACCUCCUGUUUACCAGAAGCAUUACCACACCAUUUUCCAUAAGCUGUGAAACAAAAGCCAUGAGGUCACUAAUUUAGAAUGGGAAAAACGGUUUCUGGGUAUUUGUUUUGCUUGGUUUUGUUUUAUAUACAAGGGCAUGAAGUUGAUUUAAGAUGUGGAGUUUGGGGAGGUAGUUUGGAUAAAAACUUGGAAAAGUUCCUUUGGAUAUCCGUUUCUGUCUGUCAUGUGAAUGUGCACAUCUUAAAUUCUCACACAUUACAUCUUCCAGCUCAGCGACCCUCCAGAAACAUGAGAGGCAGUGUCACACUGGGUGUGGAAGCAGACAGACCUUCCUUCUCACUGGCUGCUGAGAUGGGCCCUAAGCCUGUCUAUAGCAGAGUGACGGGACAAUCUUGCAGUGGUACUCUACCUUGAAGGAAAAGGGGGUUUCGAUUGUGCUAUAUACCAAUAUCCAGGAUUGAACAGUGCAAGAGGAACUGUUGGCUGCUUCAUUAAGUUACUAAGUACUGGAUUUGGGAAAAACCUGGUUUUCAGGAAUGAAACCUAAACCCAGUAUUGCUUACUUAGCCCCCUCAAAUAACAGAGCCCUACUGAGAUAAUCCUUUGGCAACAGGAAGGUCAAGGGAGAAAAAGCAAGCAACUCAGGGGUGAGCUAUUGCUCCAUUAGAGCAAAAGAGGGGCAGCCCCUCAUUACCCAAUACCACUUUUGGCUGGGGCCUUUGCAACAUGUGUUCCUACCCCAGCUUUGGCACCUUACUAUUUUGAUAAGGACCUUGUUGUCUUUUUACCAACUUCUUACUUGAAAUGAUAAUAUAGCCUGUCUGUUUCCUGUUUCAGGGCUAUGAUAUAUUUUCCUAGUGGUCUGGUUUUAAAAAAUAAAUGAGGUUUAAUUUUUCCUCCA